AUGUUUCACAUAAGAAGAUUAACAAGAUCGUCGAUCGCUUUGAAGCAAGCACCGACCAACGAUAUUAUUCAUAACACGCUGAUACGCGUCGUGCCGGCGUUUCAAACGCGCGGUUAUGCCGAUCAUCAGAUACCCGAUCGGCUAAAAGACAUCCCUGACGAUCCAGAUCCAAACUUCUUCGACAUGGUCGAGUAUUUUUUUCACCGCGCUUGUCAGAUCGUCGAGGACAAGUUGGUCGAGGACAUCGGCAAGCGUUCCAGAAUGAGCGUGGAAGAACGAAAGAAAAAGGUGAAGGGUAUCUUGAUGCUAAUGGAACAAUGUGAUCACAUCCUCGAAACUUCCUUCCCUCUGAGACGCGACUCAGGCGACUAUGAAAUGAUCACCGGUUAUCGCGCGCAACAUUCAACUCAUAGAACACCUUGCAAAGGAGGUAUUCGUUUCUCGAUGGACGUCUCGCGGGAUGAGGUGAAAGCUUUAUCGGCAUUAAUGACUUUCAAGUGUGCCUGCGUAGAUGUUCCUUUCGGUGGAGCUAAAGCCGGUAUUAAAAUUAAUCCUAAAUUGUAUUCGGAACAUGAGCUCGAAAAGAUCACAAGAAGAUUCACGUUAGAGCUGGCAAAGAAGGGAUUUAUUGGACCCGGUAUCGAUGUCCCUGCUCCCGACAUGGGAACUGGAGAACGCGAAAUGUCUUGGAUCGCGGAUACAUACGCCAAGACAAUAGGUCAUUUGGACAUCAACGCUCACGCCUGUGUAACUGGGAAACCAAUUAAUCAAGGUGGAAUACACGGACGUAUUUCUGCUACAGGGCGUGGUUUAUUCCACGGAAUAGAAAAUUUUAUCAAUGAAGCUAAUUACAUGAGCAUGAUCGGUACCACACCUGGCUGGGGAGGAAAAACAUUCAUUGUUCAGGGUUUUGGUAACGUCGGUUUACAUUCGAUGCGUUACUUAACGCGUGCCGGUGCUACUUGCAUAGGAGUAAUCGAACACGAUGGUUCUAUCUUCAAUUCCGAAGGUAUUGACCCCAAGCAAUUGGAAGAUUAUCGUAUAGAGAAUGGUACUAUCGUGGGCUUCCCUGGUGCUAAACCGUACGAAGGUGAAAAUCUUAUGUACGAACCUUGUGAUAUAUUUAUACCCGCAGCAAUCGAGAAAGUUAUCACGAAAGCCAAUGCUGGUCUUAUCAAGGCAAAAAUCAUAGCUGAAGCUGCCAAUGGACCGACUACUCCAGCCGCUGAUAAAAUUUUAAUUGAGCGAAAUGUUUUGGUUAUACCAGAUUUAUAUAUGAAUGCCGGUGGUGUUACCGUUUCAUUCUUUGAAUGGUUAAAGAAUUUGAAUCACGUGUCUUAUGGUCGUCUAACUUUCAAAUACGAAAGGGAAUCAAAUUAUCAUUUGUUAGAAUCUGUACAAGAAUCGUUAGAACGCAGAUUUGGCCGUGUAGGCGGUCGAAUUCCUGUUACACCUUCCGAAGCAUUCCAAAAACGCAUCUCUGGUGCUUCUGAAAAAGACAUUGUCCAUUCUGGUUUAGACUACACUAUGGAAAGAUCCGCAAGGGCUAUUAUGAAGACAGCCAUGAAGUUCAAUCUUGGCUUGGACUUGAGGACAGCUGCUUAUAUUAAUUCGAUCGAGAAAAUAUUUGCCACUUAUUCCGAAGCUGGUCUUGCGUUUUAA